GGAGUUAUGGCGACAAUCUGAAAGUAAAAUAUCCUGAUGAAUACGACCUAGUCUUCCGUCUCAAGUUGCCGGAAUAUAAGCGCAUAAUUUUACUGAGGGACCAAAGGGUACCCGGAAAUGUCAUACUUGAUUUUACAAACGUAUUUCACACAAUUGCAAACCAAAAACAACAUGCCGAAAGCUAUAAACAAUUAAAAAAAUGGGUUACUGAGAAAAACUUUCUUUCGGUUCGACUUCUGCAAAGUUGGUUGGAAAGCCGCUUUACAAAAGCCUUAAGCGAUCUAAAUAAACAAGUUAUAUAUGAAAAUGUCGCUUCAGCUAUAACAUAUAGAAAGCAAGGUCCAGCGCAUACGAUAUUUAUGAAUAAUCCAUAUAAAUAUUCAGUAGAUUUCGUUCCAGCAAUUGUUUUGAGCUCCUCACAAGCUUUAUUAAACACAAUUACGGGCGAUUGGGAUGCCAUUCCGAAGCCGCUGAAGAACACACCAAGAGAAAUUUCUUUUCGAGCAUCCUAUGACUCUCUUGAGCAUGAUAUUAUAAAGGAUAAGAAAAGCUUAAAGAAUGCAUUAAGGAUUAUGAAAAAAUUUCGAGAUAGGCACCAGAACAUGAGUAACCUAAAAAGUUACUAUAUAAAAACUUUGUUCCUAUGGAGAGCAUCUAAAGAGAGGACAUAUUUUUGGAAUCAGUCCAUAAGCUGUGUUGUAAUAGAA